GCUUUAAAAAACAGCUGUACAACCGAAUGCACUUAGUGACCUCUAACUUGGCGCGGACGUUAGAGUACGAUGUAAACAAUAACAAAUAAACAUUGCCAAGUGUAUAAUAACGAUCAUUGGAAAUAUGGCUGAUCUGAAUUCAUGUAUAGAAGUGAUCCUGGAAUCUAUGGAUUGUAACCCUAGACAUGCUAUAAUAGAGAGUCUUAUACUAGACUUCGAUGAGGAGAUUUUAGAUGAAACACGUGAAAAACUAUUUACAGUGAGUUGUGAAAAACUGUCAAAAGAUUUAAAUACGCAAUAUGGUCCUACGUCAAUUAGGGGCCAAGAACAAACGGAGGAAGCCCUAUCAUUAAAGAGACGGGUUGGCGACAAAAGGCUAACAAGUAUAUGUAAUGAUAUAUUCGAACUGUAUGCAUAUAAUUCAGACUUAUUUGAUAAUUUUCCGAGAGGUGUAGUAGGAGCUAAAAGUCAUGUCCCCGAUGUACAUAAACCUGUGAAAAAGACAGAAGAUGUUCCAAAGGCAGUUAUUCUAGAACAUGGUAUGAAGAUAAUAGAACUCUCCCAGAAAAUAAUCGAUCUCACGGAUACCAUUGAGUCUAUGAGAAAAACCCAUGCGAAAGAUAUAAAAAUGCUGACUGAUAAGAUAAAUCAACUUACAAAGUCAAACAAUAAAACAGAAACUUCGAAGUCCAAUGAUAAAACAGAAACUCACCAACCCAAGGUGAUACAUACCGCCUCUACAACACUAAAUGAUAAUAAUGCCAACAUUACUACCGAGGCUAAAUUACCCUCCAUUGGUCGAGGCAGAGGAACUUGCCGCUCUCGAAACGUAUCUGCACCUGGACAGUGUCGGGAGGCGACCCCUACUCGCCCACCAGUCUCCCAGGGUAACAAGAAUAAAUCUUUUGAAAAUAAAGAAACUCCGCAGCUUAUUUCUGUCGUUGGGCAUUCAGUGUCCAGUAACACGGAUUCGUGGUCUACAAUUGUGCGCAAACCGCGACCUGUAAAAACCCCCGCUCCCCAAGCUCAAACUAAACCAAUGUCAAGGCCUCUGAGUGGGGUCAAACAUGAAAGAGGUGCUACCUUCUACAUCGAGAAUAUCGAGAUCUGUGAUGGAGAGCAGGAUAAAGACAUCAAACGACAGGUUAUUAGCCAAGCAAAGGCAAAUAACAUCCGAAUCAUGCAAUGCUAUGUCAUCCAUAACCGAGUAUCGGAAUAUCGGGUUGGUUGCAAAAUAGUCGUCCCUCAGUCUGCUGCAGAGAUGAUCACUCAACCCCAUGUAUGGCCCGACCCUGUCAGGUGCAGGGAAUGGGUCCAACGAGGUCGAUAUACACGAUCUAGGCAACAUGACGACCUAGAUUAUGAUGAUAUUCAUCAAUCUUCUACCGAAUAUAGUGCAUCCAACUAUAGAGAGUGGCAUGAUAACAUGUGCCAAAAUGAAUAUGUUGAAUAA